GAAAAGCGCGCGGUGGAUUGUGGGCCGUGGCACGACAGACGAUUCUCAUUAACAUGCGCCAUUCAUCUGAUCUACGCCAUUUCCUCUCCUCGGAAUACAUCUGAUUUGGUGGUAUCAUCAAACAAUCAUGUCGUCUACACAUGCUGUACGUCUAAAUGGGUCUGCAAGAAAAUCAUCCUCCGCCGGGCCCACAUCAUCGCGACCGUUAUUGCCGCCUCCGCCUCCCUUAUCACUCGCUCUUUAUCCGCUGACUCUUCUAUUGGGCUCUUUGUUCUCGUUAAUCUCUCCAACCGCAAGACCCCCUGCCAACACAUCCUCAUCACCGGGCGUCACGCCAAAUUCGGAUACAAGCCCCGUCAAUUACUUCGCGCGCAAGGGGAAUAUCUUCAAUGUAUAUUUCGUUAAGGUUGGCUGGCUUUGGACUACGCUGGCCUUCUUAUCUCUGCUCUUAACGCAACCUGCAUUUAACAACAGACUUUUACCUCCUGCUGCUCGACUGAAAAGGGUUGGACGAGCCAUCUGUCGCUAUAUUCUUGUGACAAUAGCCUGGUUACUGACAACGCAAUGGUUUUUCGGCCCCGGCAUCAUCGACCGUAGUUUCAUUGCUACUGGCGGUAAAUGCGAAUCGUCUAUCGAACCAGGAUCGGGGGGGUCAAUAUCUGAGUUAGCGGUGAUAUUGACAGCUACAGCUUGCAAAGCAUCUGGAGGCGCUUGGACGGGUGGGCAUGAUGUGAGCGGACACGUAUUCAUGCUUGUUCUUACAAGUGCUUUCUUGCUCCUUGAAUUGCAAGGAGCCUCGUCAGUGGAAAGCGAAAUGGAAGAACCAAAGGAUAGGAAUCAAUAUUUUGUGCAAAUGAAAUUAGUUGAGAAAUGGAGCCGAAAUUUUACAUUGGCUGUUGGCGGCUUGAGCUGGUGGAUGCUGCUCAUGACAGCAAUAUGGUUUCAUACUUGGUUAGAGAAAGUGACGGGCCUGACACUCGCGCUUGGGGCAGUGUACACCAUAUAUUUCCUUCCCCGAACACUUACCCCUUGGAGGAACAUUGUUGGUAUACCGGGUGGAUAAGAAGCAAGAUGCUAGUGGGAGGAUAAUUGGUUGAUAUGUAUAGAUAACAUCGUUUUGAUUUUGUGGGGUUCAUAGACAUUGCUACAUAUUGCCAUUUGCAAGAGCCAAAGAUCCCUUUGGUAUUCACGUCGUCGCUAUUGAAAUAGCUAUAGGUUUUAUCAAAGUACUUUUAUCAGAG